CCCGAUCCCAGGACCCUGGGAUCAUGACCCGAGCCGAAGGCAGAUGCCCAACCAUCUGAGCCACCCAGGCGCCCCUGUUGAUCAUAUUUUAAUAGCUCAGUGAUGCCCCAUACCCUGGCUGGCUCAGUUGGGGUGCUGGAAAAUGAGAGCCUCCUUAGAUCCUACCCCCUCUAGGCUCUGACUCUUCUGGAAAUCUCCCCAAGGCCAGAGCUGUGCCUUAAGUCCCAGACUUUGGGAUUUCAAGUACCAGUAAAAAUUUGAGAUAGUUUGCUAACUUUUUUUUUCCCAAUAAAGAUAUUAAAAAAGGCAAAUACCAUCCACCAUCACUGUCAUUUCAUAAAAAGAGAUAAGUCUAACAAAGAAGGAAGGAUACACUCCGAACGAAGGACAGACCUUGACAUUCAGUGCUGUGAACAAUUAGCUGUACUAGGAUCUGCUCCAGAGGCGUAAGGUGGUCUAACCAACCCAGCAGACCUGCUCAGUAAAGACUUCUUUUUUUUUUUAAAGAUUUAUUUAUUUAUUUGAGAGAGCGAGAAUGAGAGAGAGUACAUGAGAGUGGGGGAGGGUCAGAGGGAGAAGCAGGCUCCUCACUGAGCAGGGAGCCCAAUGCGGGACUUGAUCCCGGGACUCCAGGAUCAUGACCUGAGCUGAAGGCAGUCGCUGAACCGACUGAGCCACCCAGGCGCCCUCAGUAAAGACUUCUUAUCAGGUUGCCGGCUUUAGGCCCUGUUUUAGCAAAGCUGUAUUUCUUUUGAUAUCUGCUUUCAGAUGGGCUCCAGUUUGAGUUCAUUCUUCUCCUGUUGGAAGCUAUCAGGCACUAGUUCAUAUCGGCAUCCUGAUUUUUUUCUACCAUUUUCCCUAAACUUGUAGCGAGGUUGCCAUCUGUUCUGCACCCUACGGUCCAUCAGGUGACAACAUGCCCGAACACCUUGCCACCUCCUAACAAAGUCACUGACUUUCCAGCCAGCAAAGUGAGGAUGGCCAGGCCUCUGGAGCAGGCGGUGGCUGCCAUCGUGUGCACCUUCCAGGAAUAUUCGGGGCGCUGCGGGGACAAGCACAAGCUCUGUCAGGCAGAGCUCAAGGAGCUGCUGCAGAAGGAGCUGCCCACCUGGACCCCGACCGAGCUGCGAGAGUGUGACUACAAUAAGUUCAUGAGUGUUCUGGACACCAACAAGGACUGUGAGGUGGACUUCGUGGAGUACGUGCGCUCCCUUGCCUGUCUCUGCACCUACUGUCACGACUACUUCAAGGACUGUCCCCCUGACCCCCCCUGCUCCUAGUAGGCUCUGCUCCCAUGGGCAGGGGUCUGCUGGGGCAGGACCUGAUACGUUGGCCGGGCCUACCCAUGAGGCUGGGGACGUGAGGGGACCUCCCCAGGAUCACAGCUAGAAAAACACAGAGCAGUCAGUUGCUGCCUCCCCACUGAGGCUGUGACGGGAGGGGGGGAGGCUGCCCUGCACACACAAGGCCCUUUUAACUCCUA